GGAUCGCUGCGGUGUCGCUUACCUCACCAACGAGAGAACCAAGAGGUGCGAAGGAACAGACGGCCGUGGCGUGGUUAGGGUUGGAGGUGGAUAUGGGGGCGAAAGAGGAGAGAGGAAGGUCAGGUGAAGAGGAGGCGGAGGCGGAGGCUGUGGUGGCGGGAGAAGGGGAAGUGGAGGAGGAGGAGAUGGUCUUGCCGAACAUGUCGGUUAGGGUGCUGCUUGUGGAGGGGGAUGAUUCCACCCGGCAGAUCAUUGCCGCGCUCCUCAGGAAGUGUGGCUACAGAGUUGCUGCAUCAUCAUCAGAUGGCUUGAAGGCAUGGGAAACACUGAGGGAGAAACCCCAGAGUAUAGACCUUGUUUUGACUGAAGUUGACUUGCCAUCAGUCUCUGGAUAUGGCCUUCUCAGCAUGAUAAUGGAUCACGAGACAUGCAGGAAUAUUCCAGUCAUAAUGAUGUCUUCACAUGAUUCCGUCAGCAUUGUUUUCAAGUGCAUGUUGAAAGGUGCAGCCGACUUUCUCAUUAAACCAAUCCGCAAGAAUGAGCUUAGGAAUUUGUGGCAGCAUGUUUGGAGAAGGCAAAUUGCAAGUGGACAGAGUGGUGUGCAUGAGAUUCAAGAUAAAUGUGAUGCAAAGCAUAAACUGAAAGCUCAUUCCAGAAAAGGAGGACAUUCAACCGAUUACACAUAUAAGGAAUGCAGUGAUGCUCAAAGCUCUUGUGCAAGGUCAGAUGUGGCAACUGACAUUAAACACAACCACUUGGAGCUCAAGCAGCGAAAAGCAGUGGAAGCAUCUGUAACUCUGAAUGAUGGAGAGAAUAUUCAAUUCUACAAUGCACCAUUCUAUAAUGAAAAUGCAGCUAAUGCAGCCAGUAAAAAUGUGGAUGUGAUACAAAAAGAAUGCAUGGACUCCAACACUAUCACCAAUGAGAAAGAUGGCCAGAAAUGUUAUCAUGACAUAACUUCUAUAAUCCGAGUGAUUGAUAAUCAAUCAAAGGGUACUCUUCAAUCUAGAGGCAGAAACACUGUUCAAAGUGGGUCUUCAGACAUGGCAAUUCAUGAUAUUGAUGUUAUUCACAAGUCUUGCCCCACACCUCACUUGGAGCUCUCUCUAAAAAGAUGCGAGAGAAUAUUUCCUGAGAAGCAUGACUAUGAUGAGAUCAAUGUGUGGAACCAUUCAAAUUCAUCAGCCUUCUCACUGUACAAUUCCAGAACAGUAAUGCCUACCUCGAUGAAUUCAGGAUCUAAAGGCAAUGACCCGAAUUGUACUGAACAUUCAAAAUAUCAAGGUUCUACUAUAAAUAUGGAAGAGACGACGUUCGAGGUUGUAGAACAUUCAGUUCAAUGCAAUCCCCUUCAAGUUAUUCCAUUCACUCUUCCAGUUGGAAGCAUGCCCUUGUGUUCUGAGUAUGAUACAGCAAUGCAACACAUGAUCUAUACAGAGUCAGAUCAUAAAUUUUGGAGUACAAGUCCAUCUGUAUGGCUAAAAACUACCACAGAGACAAACUCAUCGCACCAACCUACCCAAGAAGACCAGGACUCUGUGGAAGGUGGCAUUCCAGAUGGCAAGAACACUAGAAGUUCAUCUUAUCAUAAUGUGCAAGAGCAGGAAGAACAUAUGGAAGUCGAUAAACAGAGGCACAUUUUAUCAGCAGCUGGUGAAAGUGGUAGUAGUAGCAUAUGUAAUGGUGGAAGAAGUCAACCUAAUAGCAGUGCUAGUGGGGGUGUUCUCAGUGGAACUACCGGACACACGUUUGCAACAAAUAUUUUCGGGCCCAUCACAGUGACGGUAAAUGAUGAGGUCAAAUUGGCUCGUGAAGGAACCAAGGUAACAGAUGGUAGCAUGAGCCAAAGAGAAAUGGCUCUAAACAAAUUUCGAUUGAAGAGGAAAGAAAGAUGUUUUGAAAAGAAGGUUCGGUAUCACGCCAGAAAAUUACUUGCAGAGCAGCGUCCUCGAGUGAAAGGACAAUUUGUUCGUCAAGCAAAACUCAAUCCUCAGCCAACAUUUGCAGGUGCCUUUUAGAGUGAUUCAGCCGCUUGGUAGCUUCGGCAUCCGAAGACAUCUUAUCAUGCAAGUCAAAUGAAUGGGUGUGCUUUGUGAAAUAGAAAUUCAAUAUGAAUUGAGGUGGAAUACUCGUCAACAAAAUUCUCAAGAACAUGUGGUGAUUUGAGGUAUUUACUUGCUCAGAUCGAAUGUGAGCUUUUUUUGUAUGUUGUAUAUAAUCAUACGUUGUAGUUGUCUUGUUUGUUUCUUGUCUCUACAUGCUUUCAUCAACUAGUUUUGAUGUUUUUCAC